AUGGUGUUCCCAGGGGAGCCAUGUCCCAUUGAGAGAGGAAUGCUGGUCUGGUUUAAGUUUCAGAAUCACCCAUUUUGGCCAGCCGUGGUUAAGAGUGUCAGCCCAACCCAGCAGACUGCAAGGGUGCUUUUGAUUGAGGCCAACAUGAACUGUGAGAGGAGUGGCAUUCAAGUUCCUCUUCGAAGGUUGAAGCAUCUGGAUUGUAAUGGCAAAGAAAAGCUAAUGAAGAGAGCCAGCAAAGUAUACGGGGAAAGUGUCAGCUGGUGUUUCUCACUGAUUUCCAGCUACAGAGAAAGGCUUGUUUGUGGGUAUUUUGUGGGCUCUUUCCUGGACUAUUAUGCUGCUGACAUCAGUUACCCCAUGAGGAAAGCCACCCAAGAAGGGGAUCUGCAGAUGGAUUUCCCCAAGUUGAAUUAUUCUGACCUGGAAGAUUCUGAGGAGGAGACCUCUGUGGCUGCAAAGAGGCACUGCAAGAGAAUCCUCCCUGACCGGAUGAGGGCUGCUCAGGACCGAGCCAACCAGAAGCUGGUGGACUUCAUCGUGAAAAGAAAGGGGGCCGACUCUCAUCUUCUGGACAUCGUCAAAGGCAGGAAAGAAUCCAAGUGGCUGGAAUCAUUUCUGAAUUCAGAGAGGUAUGUGAUCUGCGUUGAAACAUACCUGGAGGAUGACGAUCAGCUGGAUGUGGUGGUAAGCCAUUUACGAGAAAUCUACAGACACAUAGACAAGAAAGCGCUGGCUCUGACGAGAGAUGACCCAGUGAGCUUCCUUCUGGAAGUUCUUCUGCCAGAAGCAAUCAUUUGUUCAAUUGCUACAGUGGAUGGAUUGGACUACAAGGAGGCAGAAGCAAAGUACCUGCAAGGGCCACCUGUGCAUUACCGAGAAAAAGAACUGUUUGAUAAGAAAAUCUUGAAGAAAGUAACAAAGAGAUCAACCAAGAAGUACAAGGCUAAACUCUCCCCCUGUGCCCAACAGGGCAUCAGGCAGACUUCUCAGCCACUCCAUUAA